GGUCAGGGGAUUUUACGUCGUUUAGUUUUGUAAUGUAUUAGUCGAAUACGCAUGCUCAGAUAAAAAACACUGGAAAAGGAAGGAUGGCAUCGGUCUUCAAGCUACCGGGAAAUAUUUUGCAAAAGUCAUCAUUGACAAACUUUCUAACGAAAGCAGUCAAGCCUGUAUCUGCCUCUGGCUCUAGGGAUUUUCAUUUCAAGUUUCAAAGAACAAAUCAAGCGUCCAGCACAGGAGACAAGAUCUCGAAGCAGUACCCUGUAAUUGACCACACAUUUGAUGCUGUAGUGGUUGGUGCAGGAGGGGCUGGACUUAGAGCAGCCUUUGGAUUGGCUAAUGAAGGAUUUAAAACAGCAUGCAUAACAAAACUGUUUCCAACUCGUUCCCACACAGUGGCAGCUCAGGGAGGUAUCAAUGCAGCCCUGGGACACAUGGAGGAAGAUCAUUGGCAUUAUCACUUUUACGACACAGUGAAGGGAUCUGAUUGGCUGGGAGAUCAGGAUGCAAUCCAUUACAUGUGUGAGGAAGCCCCCAAGGCUGUUAUUGAGCUCGAAAACUACGGCAUGCCGUUCAGCCGACUUGAGAACGGUAAAAUUUACCAGAGAGCUUUCGGAGGUCAGAGUAUUAACUACGGUAAAGGAGGACAAGCCCAUCGCUGUUGCUGUGUAGCUGACCGAACUGGGCACUCCCUCCUUCACACCCUUUAUGGCAGAUCUCUUAAAUACGACACCUCUUACUUCAUUGAAUAUUUUGCCCUUGAUUUGAUCAUGGAAGAUGGAGAGUGUAGGGGAGUCACUGCCUUAUGCUUAGAGGAUGGCACAAUUCACAGAUUUAAAUCCAAGAACACAGUCCUUGCCACUGGUGGAUAUGGACGAGCCUAUUUCUCAUGCACCUCAGCCCACACCUGUACAGGAGACGGCACUGCCAUGGUAGCCAGAGCUGGACUCCCUAACGAAGACAUGGAGUUUGUUCAAUUCCACCCUACAGGUAUUUAUGGAGCUGGCUGUCUAAUCACUGAGGGCUCUCGUGGAGAAGGUGGCUACCUCGUUAACUCCAAGGGUGAGAGAUACAUGGAGAGAUAUGCCCCGUCUGCCAAAGAUCUCGCUUCAAGAGACGUUGUCUCCAGAGCUAGCACCAUUGAAAUCCGAGAGGGAAGAGGAGUGGGACCAGAGAAGGACCACGUCUUCCUUCAGCUCUCCCACCUUCCACCCGAGGUGUUGAAGACCCGCCUGCCAGGAAUCUCCGAGACUGCUAUGAUCUUCGCAGGGGUGGAUGUGACCCGUGAUCCCAUCCCAGUCCUCCCCACAGUACACUACAACAUGGGAGGAACACCCACCAACUACAAAGGACAGGUGAUAGAGUACGUAAACGGCCAGGAUCGAGUGGUCCCAGGCCUGUAUGCCUGUGGAGAGGCCGCCUGUGCCUCUGUACACGGUGCCAACAGACUGGGAGCCAAUUCCCUGCUCGAUCUCGUGGUCUUUGGCAGAGCCUGUGCUAACACCAUCACUGCAGAAUGCAAGCCAGGAGACACCAUCGGCAAGAUCAGUCCGAAUGCUGGAGAAGAAUCUGUAGCCAACAUUGACAAGCUGCGCCAUGCUAACGGCAGCCAGACAACAGCUGAUAUCAGACACAAGAUGCAAAAGGCAAUGCAGAACCACGCCGCUGUGUUCAGAGACGGACCAGCACUGAAGGAAGGAGUAGACAAGAUGUAUGCUAUCAACAAAGAAAUGGAUGAUGUUAAGUUGUCCGACAGAGGAAUGAUCUGGAACACAGAUCUAGUGGAGACCCUGGAGUUACAGAACCUAAUGAUCAACGCCCUCCAGACCAUUGUCGCAGCCGAGGCAAGGAAGGAGAGCAGGGGAGCUCACUCACGAGAGGACUUCAAGGAAAGGUUAGAUGAGUAUGACUACAGUAAGCCUCUAGAGGGACAGAAGAAGAAGCCUGUGGAGCAGCACUGGAGGAAGCACACCCUCUCCUACACAGAUAACAAGGGACAGACGACCUUAGAAUACAGACCUGUAAUUGACACAACACUAAACAAGGAGUGUGAAGCCGUGCCCCCAGCUGUCAGGUCUUAUUAAAGGUAAAGAGCAAUGUAAACAUCAAGGAUUAAUCAGGGAAUUAUCUCCAAGAAAUAGUGUGUUUUUCCCAAAAGACAGUUUAUUUAACUGGAAGCAGAAAUAUCGAUGUAGUUUAAUAAUCAGUUCUUGGAGUACUUUAACUACAUCUACAGACUUCUCCUCAUGAAGGCUUCAGUUCUGUGUUAAUUUAUGGUCUGCUCUUCUGCCAGGAUCCUAUCUGCUUGUAUUAUUAACUUAUAAAUGAAUCGUGCUUGUUAAUUAUUGUAAGUGUAUAUGUCCGAGAGAGAACCGAUUUCUUUUAUAUAUGUAUACAUUUACUUUUGUUGAAAUAUUAAAUGUACAUUUAUA